AUGAAGUCACCGACACGGAUCACCUCGGCCGUGACGUUUGCCGCUUUCUUGGUUGCCCUCCUUGUGGGCUCCAACGAUGGUUUCAAUCUGUCCCCACUGCCGAACUACGUGUUCCGGGAGCCGACCCUGCCGAUUUACAUGGAGAAAGUGCGCAGCUCGUACUUUGGAUUUUCGCUCAACCUACGACCUGGAGGAGUGAUCAUCGGCGCUCCACGGGCCCAAUCGGAUCUGGCCGCGCAGCGAAAGGUAAACGAAACCGGUGCCAUCUACCGGUGCCGGUUCGACGAUGGCGUAUGCGCCCCGUACUACUUCGACAAACUGGGCAACACCUUCGCGGAGCAGUCGGACUUUGCGUACAACUCGGAGAAGAAGGACUUCCAGAUGCUGGGCGCCAGCAUGGACGGGCACGGUACGGAUGGCGAUCGGUUCGUGGUGUGCGCCCCGAAGGCGAUCAGCGAGCUGGUAGACUACUACCUGCUCCAUGGUAUCUGCUACAUUACCGAUGGCACCGAACCGAUCUACAGCGAGCCCAAGGAUGUGCGCAAGAUCAUCCCGCUGCGCGCCAAGGACAAGCAGCUGUACAAGCUGGGGUCCGUGCAGUUCUACAAUUACAUGUACGGCGAGCAGGGUGUCAGCGUGCACGUGACGGACGACGGCGAGGAGGUGCUGAUCGGGGCACCGGGGGUUUUCAACUGGCGCGGCACGGUGGUGCGAUACAAGAAACGAGUGAGCGAUGACAUGGGAGGCCUCAGUCGACGGGAUGCGGUCGAGGGGGGCCACCAUUCGAACCGCCAUCGGCGGCAGAUCGUGCAGUACGUGAGUGACGUGCCGAACCCGUUCUUUAGCACGCUGCAGGAUGAUUCGUACUUUGGGUACGCGGUCAGUUCGGCCCGCUUCCUGGGUGACGCUGAGAAGACACUGUACGUGGCCAGUGCACCGCAAUCGGCCGGGCAGGUCGGUGAAGUGUUCAUCUUCGAUCUGAUCAACACGGAGGCUUUUGUCGAGACGCAGACUAAGGUGUACUAUACGUUCCCUGGCCAGCAACAGGGCGAGUACUUUGGUUACACGCUACUGACGGAGGACUUCAACGCCGAUGGGUUACCGGAUCUGGCCAUCGCCGCACCCAUGCAUAGCCGCAACGGGGACUAUGAUAAUGGCGUCGUGUAUGUGUUCUUGAACGAGGGUCAGCUAAACUUUCAGCUGCAGACCAAACUUUCCUCUGGAUACGACCUAGCCGGACGAUUCGGAACGGCCUUGGCGAAGAUUGGCGAUAUCAACCGGGAUGGAUACAAUGACAUUGCCAUUGGUGCACCGUUUGAGGAGAAUGGCGCCGUGUACAUAUUCCUGGGUUCCGCCGAUGGGCUACAGUCGAAACCGAGCCAACGUUUGACGCCUCCAGCGAACGAACUCCUCACACCCCAGCCCAUGUUCGGGCAUGCUAUUUCCCGUGGAAGCGAUAUUGACGCGAAUGGUUACAACGAUCUGGCGAUCGGUUCUCCAAACGACGAGAAAGUUUAUGUCUACCGCACGUACCCGGUGGUACGCAUCGCGACGGAAGUGUCCUCCACCAAGCGUGAACUAACCCUCGAGGACACGUCGUUCGAGCUGGCCAUCUGCCUGGAGGCACUCUUUCCUGCCGGCACUCCGUUCGACGUGCAGCUGCGGUAUAGUCUGAGUGUUGACGCACAGGUUGGACGCGUGACGCUGCCGGGAGGAGUAGGAGGACAUCGCAAUGAUACCGUCACCGUGACCAGCACCAACGAAUGUCAGCGUAUCGAGGCACGUCUGAAGGCGACCGCCGCUAGCAUCUAUAAGCCGGUGGUAGUGGAGCUUGUGUACGAGCUCGUGUCCCAACCGUACUCGGGAGAUUCUGGUGGGCUUGGUGAGUUCAACUCGCACAGUGCCCUACUCGAUCCGACCGUGCCGAAUCGCGUGUUCCAGAAGAUCUCCUUCAAGACCGGCUGUCUAGGUGAGGUGUGUGUGUCUGACCUACGGUUAACUUCCCGUUGGUUGGACAUUACGCCGGUGUACGUUCUUGGCAGCACCAAGAAGGCAUCGAUCGAGUUCGAAGUGUACAACGGCGGUGAGAAUGCGUACCUGCCGCAGCUGAAUGUCACUCUUACACCGGCCCGCCUCAAACUGGCGAGGCUGACUUCCGAGUGUCGCCAGACGGAAACGAACGACUUUGUGAACGUUCUGUGCGAGCUGAACAACGGAUUGCCUCUGAGAGCGUCCCAUACUGCCAAGUAUACGCUUAUCCUGGAUAUGACGAGACUCGAGGGGACAAGUGCGGAGAUCCGAGCCGAGGCACUCAGUUCCAGCGAGGAGUCGGCACAGGACGAUAACUUCCUCGAGGAAACGCUAACCCUGCAGGAGUUUAGUGAUAUCGAGAUUAUAGGAAAAACUUCCGUAUCCGAGUUGUACCUAGAACAGCAGUCCGGAAUACAGAACAUCUCUUACGAGAUCCAAGUUCACAGUAACGGUCCGAGCAUGUUCCGGAAUCUGACCUUCACACUGGAUGUUCCACUGAUUUACCACAAACCAAGCUCGGGAAAAUCUUACAAAAUCAUCAACUUCAACGAAAUCAUCGUGCAGGGUUUAUAUAGCUACAAAACGCUCGAGUAUGAAUGGACGCAGAACGACGUCACGCUGUUGCCCAACCCGAUCGAGCACGGUUCCGUCCAUCCUGGACCGGUCGACGUCGAUGCACUCCAUCGGCAGCCGAGUGACUUCGAUCUUCUCUCCACCGGGGGCAGUAUGGAUCACGACUCAAUGAGUCUUCGCCGUCGAAGGCGUCAGGCGUCCUCCGACUUCAACCGAUACCUUGGUCAGGUUGAGGAGCAUUCGCGUGUUCGCCGUAGCCUGGCGCCGAUGAACAGUGCCAUCCUUCAGGGACUCCCUGGCAACCGGACGCUGUUCUUCAGCUGUGCCGAGGACGACUCGAUCGCCAUCGAGUGUGCCCGGCUAACGGUGCUCGUCGAUAUCUUCCGACCGACCAACGUGCCGAUCAGCAUCACCAUCAACUUCCCACUCGAUCUCGAUGCGAUCAACGAGGCCUUCCUCGAGCGGGAAGACAUCUUCGUCCUGGUAAUGGCGGCCGACGUGCAGAAAAAGGACGACCCAUCCGGCACCACGUUCCAACUGACCCGCUCCAAUCCGUUCACCGUCGUCUACCGAUACUCCACCUCCAGUACACCGAUCUGGGUGUACAUCGUGUCCGCACUCGGUGGCCUACUGCUGCUCGGCUCGAUCACGUACGGUCUCUAUCGGGCCGGGUUCUUCAAACGGGCCACCAAGGAGGAGAUGGAGAAGCAAUAUCGUGAGAGCACUCGUUUGAACGAACCGGAACCUACGUCGCAAACGCCAUCGGAGCCAACCGCGGAGCUGCGUUCAAACUGAGCCCCAUUCUGCAAAC